AUGGCGGACCCGUCCCCGAGCCGCCCCGGGCUCGCGCUCGCGCCGUUCCGCGAGCGCGGCGGGCUCCGCAUCCUGACGUGGAACGUCGCGCGCGCGGUCGCGCCGUCCGAGGACUUCGCGUCCAUCCUGUCGCACGUCCGCGGCCUCGAUCCGGCGCCGCACGCUAUCUGCCUGCAGGCCACGACGCGCGCGUUCGCCAAGGCGCUCGCGUUCGAAUUGGGAAUCGCGAAGCACCACGUCGUGUUCGCCAAGCCGCGGACGACCGGGAAGCUUCGCAAGUUCGGCACCGCGGUGCUCACGGACAAUCGCACGGGCGCGAUGGCGAUCGACGCGAUGGAGAUUCACCUCCCGGGGAACAGCCCGCGCGCGGUCGCGUGCGUCUGCCUCGCGUUUCCGGAGGCGUCGAGUUCAUCGUCGUCGGCGAACGACCCGCUGGCGCGCGAUCGAUCCAUGAUCGCGACGACCAUCGCGCCUUCAUCGCCGUCAUCGCCGUCGCGCCUAGGAUUAGGGGGAAGCGGCAAGUUCGGUCGCGCGGGCAUCGGCGACGGCGGCGACGUCGCGUCGCCGUCGCCGUCGCACCGAUCGUCGCCGCUGGCGCGCAGCCUCAGCGGCGGGAUGCGGCAGCUGAGCGUAGGGCGAGGAGGAGGAGGAGGAGAAAACGGAUUCGGAUUCGGCAUCGACGACGGAGGGAUCGAAGGGACCCACAACGCGCGCGCGGUGUGGGUGUGCAGCGCGCACCUGGACGAUCGCUUCGAGGCGUGGCGCCUGAUGCAGGUCAAAGAGAUCUCGCGGCGGAUGAAGCUCAGGGGGCCGCACGUGUUGGCGGGUGACUUCAACGCGCAUUGCUCGGCAGAUUUCGAAGGCGACGCGUGGGAACACCUCAACGCGUUGGCGGACGAGAAAGGCUGGGAGGCGAUGGAGGAGCGCGUCACGAAUUGGCUGACGCGGCGAAGGAAGAUCAGCGUCGGCGGGUACCCGAACGCGAUCGACGGCGACCGCGAGAGGGACGUCGGCGGGUCGUACGACGACGCGUGGAAUCUCGCGGAGGAGAAGGGCACCGCGCGCGGACCGAAGCACACGUUUCAGUUGAACGAAGAGGUGGGAUACGCGUGGACGAGGCCGGAUUACGUCAUGGUGGAUAAGAUGGCCGCGGUGGAGGUGGUCGGGUGCGAGGUGCACGACGUGCAAGGGAGCACGCACCGGCCGCUGGUCGCGGACCUGAAGGUUUUGGGGUUGUGA